AUGGAUGCCCCUUUCUCCAUGGGAUCGAACAUUAGCACCAGCUCGAGUAGUAUCGGUGGCAGCAGUGGAGAAACGAAAAGAAACACCAACCAAACUAACGACUCACGGAUCAAACGGAAAACGCUGGCCGUGGACCUCGUGGUGCCGUCCCUGUUGCGCUAUUACCUGGCGGAGUUCAUCAAACGACCCCUAAAUGGAGACUGUCUGACUUAUAGUGGCUGUUACACCGUGCGCGCCAACUUGAGGAUGCUGUGCGUACCUUUACAGAAAAUCAUCUCGACUUUUGUGGCUGAUUCCACACAGAGAAAUGGAUCCGACGGACAGCUGCCGUUCUUUCACAAACGGCCGCUGUCCAAAGUUCUGAAAUUGGAAGCAAGAAAGUCCAACCAGGUCGUGGUGGAGAUUGGAGAGGAUUUAGUGAAGACGGGCUGCGGGGGCUUGUCUGUGCAUGAGGAGGCCCCUGUGCUCACGCUGGAGAUGGACCUCACUUCUGUGGUGGAGUGGUGGUUGGGGGCCGACGGGGGCCGCCUGAGGGUCAGGCUUAUCCCCGAGAAAAAGGCACAAGUGCCAGGCUUAGAGGAUCGUUACGCAGCCGCCAUACGAGCUGCAGACCCGCGCCUCUUCCUCCAGAUGUCCUCCAGAGGUGAGUUAUAA